AUGGCCACUCACCAAUCACCGUUCAGCGCCUCCGAGACUGCCUCAUGUUCUACCCCUGGAUACUCAACCGAAGCACGCAAACGAAAGCGAUCGAUCUCCGGAUCCCAGCCAGCCAGAGAAUAUGGGUUGAUGCGCGAUUCCGGAGAGCAUGAUGUGGCUCGCUUUGUCGGGAGUGGCAGCGGGAUUCACUACAUACGUGCUGUGUACCUAAGACUGGCCAGGAGGUCCGCGACGAGAACGACCCAGGCGACGACGAUCAAUAAUCUGGUACCGGGCGAGGACGAUCAGCUUCGACAACCGACCUUGGCAAAAACGAACCGAGAGAAACUUCUGUGGAAAUCCCAUGAAGUCCUCAGUGACUCAGGGGCGGGCAACCUUCAUCCAAGCUUCGAAGACUUGGUUGGGUGGUCAAAGAGCUUCUUUGAGUCCUGGCAUCCCGCCGUCCCGUUUCUCCAUGGCCCAGACACACUACGGAUAUUCGAAGACGCUUCGGAGCGAGGGAUAUCGUCCAUUCUUCCAUUGGACUAUGUCAUUCUCAGAUCAAUACUGUCCAUCUCGCUCGCCGAUAGCCGCCAAGGAGAUGCCUUCUCGAAACCUAUUCCGUCAGACCUCGUUUUCAAAAGUGUGGAAGAAGCUGUAGCAAGCUCACAAUUCGCACUCAGUCAACCAGCAUCGAUCCGAGCCACCCAAGCAGCUCUUGCUAUCCAGUUAUUCCUCACGUCAAUGCUCUGUCUGAAUGCAGCAUCUCGCCUGGGCGGUCUCAUCGUUCGCAUGGCCUUCCACCUGGGGCUUCAUCGAUGUCCAACUCGGUUUCCUUUCUUCACCGUGGAGGAAGCCUCUGUUCGGCGCCGCGUGUUCUGGUGCAUCUACAUUCUCGAGAGAUUUCUCUGUCAAUCCCUCGGGCUGCCUCUAGAUAUCCAAGACGAUGACUUGGAUGUUUGCUACCCAGGUGAGGAGCAUCAUGGCGGGUCAACUGAUGCUGCUAAUGGAGCCGAAAAGCUACAAUUGCUCACUUAUCUCGCCAAACAAGCCAGAAUUCGCGGGCUUAUCCUAGAACUACGCAACAAGUCUUUUACGAAGCGUCAGGACACCGCUGAUCGAACAGCAUUUGUACAGACGGAGCUCGCAAAAUGGUCGAAUGAGAUCCUGGAUAUCGUUGAAGAAGAGGACGAAGUAGACAAUUUGAGCGACACCGAUACGCCUAAUCGACCAAAGAUUUCCCCUAGCCAUCGCUUAAUGCUACUUUUCCUGAAGCACGAGUCCACAAUUUGUCUGAACCGCCCCGGUUUGGCUUCUGAGGCUUCUUCUCCAUCCUACUCUUCUGCUUUCCAAGCCUGCAUCUCUGCGGCAAAGUCGAUCUGUAUUCUAUUUAAAAGACACCGAAAACGUCACCGUCUCGGUAAUGAUCGGGGUGAGAGACGGUUGGUCAUGCCCCUUCUGUGGCCAUCUUUUACCUGGGCUGUGUGGAUCAGCACUUUUGUUCUUGUCCACGCCGCCUUUGAGAGCCAGGUCCCACUUGACAGUGCACUGAGGCACGUCAUGGCUGGGAAGGAUAUGCUCAGCCAUCUGGCUGCUCGAGACACAUCAUGGCCAGAGUAUUGCCUCGAAGCCAUUGAUGAACUUAUCUCUGCUGUCCGGGAGUUAUCCACCACGAUCUCGGUGACCCAGGACACGGCCGAUGUAUUGCCAGAGUCUCAGACAUUGUUCAGAACAGUUGCAUCUCAGAGUGCGCCAUCUGAUGGUCAAGAAAGCACUUCUACGGCAAACAAGCGCCGAGGUACAACAUCGGGCUGGGAUUCAGCCGCUGGUGUCGACAAUAACCCAACCUCGGGAGGAUCAUACAAUGAGUCUAGCGUUUUGACACAAGCCUCAAACGGUAGCGAAGCAAACGUACAGCAUCAAAACACGGUACCAUCAUCCAGAGCAGCGGCUCCAUUGCAACCAGACGCGCUUUGGCGACAGAGGCAGUCGCGUGCCCAAUCAUUCGCAACUAUGGGCGUUCAUUACAACCCAGACGCCUCAGCUAUUGCUGCUAACCGACCAGGUCUCGCAGGUGCCCAAGAUCCCUCUUCCUCAUUUCCUGUGGCAACAGACUCACUUGAUGUUCCCCUGGACACCGGGCCCGUCGAAGGUCAAGAGUCAAUGAUGUGGUAUGACCAGCUAUUUGCCAGUUCAUUCAGUGCUAUUGACAACCCUUUUCUCGUUGCUGCCGAGUUUGACGCGUCUAUUGACCCAACUUGGAACUAUCUAAGGUAA